AUGUAUCGAAAAUACCGAUAUAUCGAAAAGUACCGAAAAGAUAUCGAAAAGUAUCGAAAAGAUAUCGAAAAGUACCGAAAAGAUAUCGAAAAGUACCGAAAAGAUAUCCAAAAGUACCGAAAAGAUAUCGAAAAGUACCGAAAAGAUAUCGAAAAGUACCGAAAAGAUAUCGAAAAGUACCGAAAAAUUUUCGAAAAGUAUCGAAAAGAUAUCGAUAAGUAUCGAAAAGAUAUCGAUAAGUAUUUAUAUAUAAUGAAAAUAUCGAUAUAUAAUGAAAAGUAUCGAAAAGAUAUCGAUAAGUAUCGAAAAGAUAUCGAUAAGUAUCGAAAAGAUAUCGAGAAGUAUCCAAAAGAUAUCGAUAAGUAUCGAAAUUUUAUAGAUAAGUAUCGAAAAGAUAUCGAAAAGUAUCGAAAAGAUAUCGAAAAGUAUCGAAAAGACAUCGAAAAGUAUCGAAAAGAUAUCGAAAAGAUAUCGAAAAGUAUCGAAAAGAUAUCGAAAAGUAUCGAAAAGAUAUCGAAAAGUACCGAAAAAAUAUCGAAAAAUAUCGAUAUAUCGAAAAGAAAAGUAUCGAUAUAUAAUGAAAAGUAUCGAUAUAUAAUGAAAAGUAUCGAAUAUAAUGAAAAGUAUCGAAAAGAUAUCGAAAAGUAUCGAAAAGAUAUCAAAAAGUAUCGAAAAGAUAUCGAAAAGUAUCGAAAAGAUAUCGAAAAGUAUCGAUAUGUCGAUAAAUAUCGAAAAGUGCCGAAAAGAUAUCCAAAAGUACCGAAAAGAUAUCCAAAAGUACCGAAAAGAUAUCGAAAAGUACCGAAAAGAUAUCGAAAAGUACCGAAAAGAUAUCGAAAAUAUCGAUUUAUCGAAAAGUACCGAUAUAUCGAUAAGUACCGAUAUAUCGAAAAGUACCGAAAAGAUAUCGAAAAGAGUCGAAAAGAUAUCGAAAAGUAUCGAAAAGAUAUCGAAAAGUAUCUAUAUAUAAUGAAAAAUAUCGAUAAGUAUCGAAAAGAUAUAGAUAAGUAUCGAAAAGAUAUCGAUAAGUAUCGAAAAGAUAUCGAAAAGUAUCGAAAAGUAUCGAAAAGUAUCGAAAAGAUAUCGAAAAGAUAUCGAAAAGUAUCGAAAAGAUAUCGAAAAGUAUCUAUAUAUAUCGAAAAGUAUCUAUAUAUAUCGAAAAGUAUCUAUAUAUAUCGAAAAGUAUCUAUAUAUAAUGAAAAGUAUCGAUAUAUAAUUAAAAUAUCGAUAUAUAAGUACCGAAAAGAUAUCGAAAAGUACCGAAAAGAUAUCGAAAAGUACCGAAAAGAUAUCGAAAAGAACCGGAAAGAUAUCGAAAAGUACCGAAAAGAUAUCGAAAAGUACCGAAAAGAUAUCGAAAAGUACCGAAAAGAUAUCGAAAAGUACCGAAAAGAUUUCGAAAAGUACCGAAAAGUUAUCGAAAAGUACCGAAAAGAUAUCGACAAGUACCGAAAAGAUAUCGACAAGUACCGAAAAGAUAUCGACAAGUACCGAAAAGAUAUCGACAAGUACCGAAAAGAUAUCGAAAAGUAUCGAAAAGAUAUCGAAAAGUAUCGAAAAGAUAUCGAAAAGUAUCGUAAAGAUAUCGAAAAUAUCGAAAAGAUAUCGAAAAGUAUCGAAAAGAUAUCGAAAAGUAUCGAAAAGAUCGAAAAGUAUCGAAAAGAUAUCGAAAAGUAUCGAUAUAUCGAAAAGUAUCGAUAUAUCGAAAAGUAUCGAUAUAUCGAUAAAAAAGGUAUCGAAAAGUACCGAAAAGAUAUCGAAAAGUACCGGAAAGAUAUCGAAAAGUACCGAAAAGAUAUCGAAAAGUACCGAAAAGAUAUCGAAAAGUACCGAAAAGAUAUCGAAAAGUAUCGAAAAGAUGGUUAUCACAUUUAG